AUGGCUACUAUCGCAGUUUUAGGUGUUAACGGCUUCUUAGGUAAAUCAGUUAUUGAAGGUUUAUUAUCAGAACCAUUCAUUUCAAAAAUUAAAGCUCCAAUCCGUAUUUUAACUACUUCAGAUAAAAAACCAGUUGAAUCAUCAAAUGUUCAAUAUAUUAAUGUCAAAGAUCAAAAAUUAGAUUCACAUUUAGAAGGUGUUGAUGCUUUCAUAAACUUAGUUGGCUUCCCACAUGGUGCUACUGAAGAUAUUAUUAAAGCUGCUGUCUCUGCUAAAGUUAAAUUAUAUAUCCCAUCACAAUUUGGUACCAACGUUGAAGCUGCUCAAUCAACCUUACCACACUUUUUACAAGGUAAAGUUGAUCAUUCAGAACAAGCUAGAGCUGCUGGUUUGAAAACUGUUGAUUUCAAUACCUCAUUGUUCUAUGCUAACUUUGGUGGCCCAUAUCUUUCACCAUUAGUUACAUUAGAUGGUACUAAAGCCACAGUUUUAGGUGAUGGUAAAACAUUAAUCAACCCUUCAGUUUUAGCUGAUAUUGGUAAAGCUGUUGCUUCUGCUGUUACUUUUGAUGAUUACUCAAAAUUACCAAACAAAAUUAGAAUUUAUUCUGAUAGAGUAACUGUUGAUGAUUUAAUUGCUAAAUAUGAAAAGGACCAUGAUGUUAAAUUAACUCAAGAGCAUACUUCAGAUCAAGAAUUCCUCAAAACUGUUGUUGAAAAAUAUAACAAAGAUGGCUUCAACCCAGCUGAUUUCGUUAGUUAUUUAGCUGCUGUUUUCAUUGCAGGUGAAGGUAAAGGUAACAUUUAUGAAAGUGCUAAUGAAAAAGAAAUCAUUAAUCCAAAUGAAUCUUUAUUUAAAUGGACUGAAUUAGCUGAUUUCCCAAAACUCUAG